GUUCCCCCGCCCUCCUCUCUGGGCGGGUGGGAGGCGGCGGCGGCGUGCAGUGCGAGCGCGCGCGAGGGGGGCGGCAGUGAGGACGCUCCGGGUGCCACCGCGGCGGCCGAGCCACACGGGCAGCGGGCUCGGCGGGGGCCGCAUCUACCAGCGCUGCGGGGCCGCGAACAAAGGCGAGCAGCGGAGGCGUGAGAGCAAAGUCUGAAAUGGAUGUUACAUGAGUCACUUUAAGGGCUGUGCACAACUAUGAACGUUCUGAAGCCGUUUUCUCACUAGAGUCGAUCAAGAUGGAUGAGUCUGCCUUGUUGGACCUUCUGGAGUGCCCUGUGUGUCUAGAACGCUUGGAUGCUUCCGCAAAGGUCUUACCCUGCCAGCAUACGUUUUGCAAACGAUGUUUACUGGGGAUUGUGGGUUCCCGGAAUGAACUCAGAUGUCCCGAAUGCAGGACUCUCGUUGGCUCUGGGGUCGACGAGCUCCCCAGUAACAUACUAUUGGUCAGACUUCUGGAUGGCAUCAAGCAGAGGCCUUGGAAACCUGGCCCUGGUGCGGGUGGCGCGACCACCUGCACAAACGCAUUAAGGGCACAGGGCAGCACGGUGGUUAAUUGUGGCUCAAAAGAUCUGCAGAGCUCCCAGUGUGGACAGCAGCCUCGGGUGCAAGCCUGGAGCCCCCCAGUGAGGGGAAUACCUCAGUUACCAUGUGCCAAAGCAUUAUACAACUACGAAGGAAAAGAGCCUGGAGACCUUAAAUUCAGCAAGGGCGACAUCAUCAUUCUGCGCCGACAAGUGGAUGAGAACUGGUACCAUGGGGAAGUCAACGGAGUCCACGGCUUUUUCCCCACCAGCUUUGUGCAGAUCAUCAAACCUUUACCUCAGCCUCCGCCACAGUGCAAAGCACUUUAUGACUUUGAAGUGAAAGACAAGGAAGCUGAUAAGGAUUGCCUUCCCUUUGCAAAGGAUGACGUGUUGACCGUGAUCCGCAGAGUGGAUGAAAACUGGGCUGAAGGAAUGCUGGCAGAUAAAAUAGGAAUAUUUCCGAUUUCAUACGUUGAGUUUAACUCAGCUGCCAAGCAGCUGAUAGAGUGGGAUAAGCCUCCCGUGCCAGGAGUGGACACAGCAGAAUGCCCCUCAGCGACAGCGACAGCGCAGAGCAGCUCUGCCUCAAAGCACUCCGACACCAAGAAGAAUACCCGGAAGCGACACUCUUUCACCUCCCUCACCAUGGCCAACAAGUCUUCCCAGGCGUCCCAGAACCGCCACUCCAUGGAGAUCAGCCCUCCUGUGCUUAUCAGUUCCAGCAACCCCACAGCCGCAGCCCGCAUCAGCGAACUGUCCGGGCUCUCCUGCAGCGCCCCGUCUCAGGUUCAUAUAAGCACCACUGGGUUAAUUGUGACCCCACCCCCUAGCAGCCCAGUGACAACUGGCCCUUCGUUCACGUUCCCGUCAGAUGUCCCCUACCAAGCUGCCCUUGGAACUAUGAAUCCUCCUCUUCCCCCACCCCCUCUUCUGGCUGCCACUGUACUCGCCUCCACCCCGUCGGGUGCCACUGCUGCUGUUGCUGCUGCUGCUGCCGCUGCCGCUGCCGCUGGAAUGGGACCCAGACCUGUAGUGGGAUCCACUGACCAGAUUGCACAUUUACGGCCUCAGACUCGUCCCAGUGUAUAUGUUGCUAUAUAUCCAUACACCCCCCGGAAGGAAGACGAACUGGAGCUAAGGAAAGGGGAGAUGUUUUUGGUGUUUGAGCGUUGCCAGGACGGCUGGUACAAAGGGACAUCGAUGCACACCAGCAAGAUAGGUGUUUUCCCUGGCAACUAUGUGGCGCCCAUCACAAGGGCGGUGACGAAUGCCUCCCAAGCUAAAGUUCCUAUGUCUACUGCGGGUCAGGCAAGUCGCGGGGUGACCAUGGUCAGUCCUUCCACUGCCGGAGGACCUACACAGAAGCCCCAAGGCAAUGGCGUGGCUGGGAAUCCCAGCGUCGUCCCCACGGCUGUGGUGUCAGCAGCUCAUAUCCAGACAAGUCCUCAGGCUAAGGUCCUGCUGCACAUGACUGGGCAGAUGACAGUCAACCAGGCCCGCAACGCUGUGAGGACAGUUGCAGCACAUAAUAACCAGGAACGCCCCACGGCAGCAGUGACUCCCAUCCAGGUCCAGAAUGCCACCUGCCUCGGCCCUGCAUCCGUGGGUCUGCCCCAUCAUUCUCUGGCCUCCCAACCUCUGCCUCCAAUGGCAGGUCCUGCUGCCCACGUUGCUGCUGUCAGCAUCAGUCGAACCAAUGCCCCUCUGGCCUGCACUGCAGGGGCUUCUCUGGCCUCCCCAAACAUGACCGCUGCUGCUUUGGAGACCGAGCCCAGUGGUCGAACCGUGAGCAUCCUCCCUGGACUCCCCACGUCUCCUGAGAGUGCUGCAUCAGCAUGUGGGAAUAGUUCAGCUGUGAAACCAGACAAGGACAGUAAGAAAGAAAAGAAGGGCCUACUGAAGCUGCUUUCUGGUGCCUCCACCAAACGCAAGCCCCGGAUCUCCCCUCCAGCAUCACCUACCCUGGAUGUGGAGCUGGGUGUGGGGGAGGUUCCCUUGCAGGGAGCAGUGGGUCCUGAGUUGCCGCUAGGGGGCGUCCACGGCAGAGUGGGGUCCUGCCCCACAGAUGGGGAUGGUCCCGUGGCCACCGGGACAGCAGCCCUAGCCCAGGAUGCUUUCCACCGCAAGGCAAGCUCCCUGGAUUCCGCAGUGCCCAUCGCUCCGCCACCUCGCCAGGCUUGCUCCUCCCUGGGUCCAGUCAUGAAUGAGGCCAGGCCUGUUGUUUGUGAAAGGCACAGGGUGGUGGUUUCCUAUCCUCCUCAGAGCGAGGCAGAGCUUGAACUCAAAGAAGGAGAUAUUGUGUUUGUUCAUAAGAAACGAGAGGACGGCUGGUUCAAAGGCACGUUACAAAGAAAUGGGAAGACUGGCCUUUUCCCAGGGAGCUUUGUGGAAAACAUCUGAGGAGACUGAACAUGGAGAAAGCUUAGCAUUGCAUCACAUGACUUAAGAGCACAAAGCAGUUUCAUGGAAAGAGCACAUCUGUGGACUUCCAGAUCUUCAAGAGCUGAGCAGAAGACGGGCACCUAAGUCCAGAGCCCCAGCCUGGUUACCCCAGGGGCAGAGCGAAGGAGGCCGCACCUGUGUGACUUCCGUCCCUCUGGGUUCUGACGUGGAAAGUGUGCCUUGUACUGUCUAAUGGACUCUACAGAUAAAUGUCUUUUUUUUUUUUUAAAGAUGUAUAACUAAAACGGACAAUUGUUUACAAGGCUUAACUAAUUUAUUUGCUUUUUUUAAAACUUGAACUUUCUUGUAAUAGAAAAUUCUUUGGGUUAUGGUUUUUAGAAAAUAUUAAUUUAUGAAAUGACGGCUAAGGAGAAGCUGGGUUCUCUCCUGUCUGUUGAGAGCAAGAGAUUCUUCUUUGACAUAGACUGCAUCUCCCCUCCCAUGCUUGCUGCCCUCCUCCCUGCCGUUCUGUUUGGCUCCGUUUAGACAAAAAUGCCAGGUUUCCGAACAGACAGCUGAAUCAGUACCAGGAAGGACCUAGGAGGGGAAACGGCAGACCCCAGAUUGAGGAGUUAGUAGGUCCCCCAUCUGUCUGCUUUGAUCAGAAAUCAACCUGAAGACCUAGCCCUCGAUUUCAUUUUGUGGGUUGUUUUUUUUUUUUUUUUUUUUUUUUUUUCAUUUUCUUGAAACGAAGCAAACUAAAGCACAACCAUUGACUGAAAAAUACAUGUUUGUCUGCUAAGCACAAGCGGCAACACGCGUUGGGAAGUGAGAGAAACUGAAGUGGUAGUCGCCGUGUGUGUUGGGAAGUGAGAGAAACUGAAGUGGUAGUCGCUGUGUGUGAGUGGCUUUGAACCGUAGUUCCCAUUCUAUCCCCAAGUGAUAUGCAUGCCCAAAACACUGUUUGUGAGACAGUGGUGGUAAGAGAUGCACUCGUGUUAAAGUCAAAGGCUGUAAGAAACACUGUGAACAUUUCCUUCCACUCAUCCACCGUGAUUUCUCUGCCAUCUUGCAUGUGUUACUGGAUUCCCACAGUGGUGUGGACUGUGCAUGGUGUGUGUAUUUCAUAGCAACUUUCACUCAGACCUGACUGAUACACAGCGGUCUCUUCCCUGCCUUCUCCCCCACCACCGCCACCACUACUGACCGAGAUGUCUUAAGUGUGCUUGCCUCCCAAUCUGGUGAAGGCACACGUUAGCCAGCACACCAGUAGUUAGUUAAAAUGCUCAUCCACGAGUGUCCUCCCAUGGAACAGAUGGCAAGGGCGAGCUUAUCUGGGAGACCACUCGCUCCCGGGGACUGUUCUGCAAGGCUUGCUGGGAGUGGCUGUGCCCACACCUUACAAUUGUGGCAGGGUCUGACUGAGCCCAUCUUUUUAUAUUCAUCCUUUGAUGCCCUCUUCCAAUUUCACCCCAGCUGUGGGUCUGGCUAGUCCUGAAAAUAGAUAGAGGAAAAGACAUCCUGGUAGUGAAUGACCUUGUCCUACGGUUCUCUUCGGGGUAAGAUAGUAA